AUGGGUAAUCUAUUCUCUUCUGGCAAUGAAGGUGGUAAUUCAGUUUUAUCUAAAAAUGCUGAAGCUUACGUGCAAAAUGGAAUUCCUAUUGAAGCUGUAUCAUUACGAUGUGAAGCAUUUCGACUUAUGAACGAAGCAAAAGAAGCAUCAAGACACUCUCAAUUGGAAUAUCAAUCUGGAAAUAAAUCUCAAGCAAAAUUAUUAUCAAUUAACAAGAAUAAUCUUUAUAUACGAAUGAAUGAAAAGAAUCAACAAGCAGCUGAAUUAAUUUUUAAACAUUUUAAUCAAAAUCGUUCGAAUGAAGUUAUUGAUUUACAUGGUCUCUAUGUUACUGAAGCCUUGAAAUAUGUAGAAGAUGGAUUAAAUAGAUGUCGUUUAGAAAAUCUAUCACAAUUAACAAUUAUUACAGGAAUAGGAAAUAAUUCACCAAAUAAAAUACCGAAAAUAAAACCACAAGUUGAAGAGUUUGUCCGUCGAAAUAACUUAAAAGUAACUUAUUAUGAUGGACAUAUUGUAAUUGAUUUAUCAAUCAACGAUGAAAACAAAACAAUCAAUGAUCGAAAUUCUAAUGAAUGUAUUAUUUUGUAA